AAAAUAUUUUAGGGUCGUGAGUCGUGACGUAUAGUAAACAAUGGCUACUAUGGCGACUAACACCGAACCAAAACCCAUUGAAUCGCCCCCGACGAAGCCCAGUUGCGGGGCCGAUAAGGAAAAUGAACCCAUACAGAUUAUCGACAACGAUAAAGAAAAAGAGGAUAAAGAGGAGAAGGGAGAUGAUAUAAAGCUGAACAUCGGCGAACAGUACAUGGUCAGACGGGCUGACGAAACCUGGCAGGCUGCUGAAAUUAUCCAGAGAAGAUUCAAUGACGUUGUCAACAAAGAUGAAUAUUAUGUGCACUAUGAUGGGCUUAAUAGACGACUGGAUGAGUGGGUCACAAAAGAGAGGAUUGAUUUAUCUGAACUCUAUCAGCGAGGGGAUAAGUCUGGAACAGAUCUUCUUAGUGAUCAAACAGCUGGACGUAAAAUUACUAGGAAUCAGAAAAGGAAGCAUGAUGAAAUCAAUCAUGUACAAAAGACUUAUGCUGAUAUGGAUCCGACAACUGCCGCCCUGGAAAAGGAACACGAAGCUAUUACUAAAGUAAAAUAUAUUGAUCGUGUGCAAAUAGGAAGAUUUGAAAUUGAUACUUGGUAUUUUAGUCCUUACCCAGAGGAAUAUGGAAAAGUACCAAAACUCUACAUAUGUCAGUACUGUCUUAAGUACAUGAGGCUAGAAAAAACUUAUAGAUACCAUUUGAGUGAGUGUGUUUGGAGGCAGCCACCUGGUCGUGACAUUUAUCGUAAGGGAACGUUAAGCAUAUACGAAGUUGAUGGCGCAGAUCACAAAAUAUAUUGUCAGAACCUUUGCCUCUUAGCCAAGCUGUUUUUAGAUCACAAGACUCUCUACUUUGAUGUUGAACCCUUUUUGUUCUAUAUACUUUGUGAGGUGGAUAAACAAGGAGCUCACCUGGUAGGAUAUUUUUCAAAGGAAAAAGAGUCGCCAGAUGGGAACAAUGUUGCCUGUAUCAUGACCCUACCACCAUUCCAGAGAAAGGGUUAUGGAAAAUUGCUAAUUGCUUUCAGUUAUGAACUUAGUAAAAUGGAAGGUGUUGUUGGAAGUCCAGAAAAGCCACUGUCGGAUCUAGGAAAACUUUCAUACAGAUCGUAUUGGACUUGGGUUUUACUAGAGAUUUUACGUGACUUCAAAGGCACAUUAUCAAUUAAAGAUCUAAGCCAAAUGACAAGCAUCACACAACAGGAUAUAAUAUCAACAUUACAGAGCAUAAAUUUAGUCAAAUACUGGAAGGGACAACAUGUCAUAUGUGUUACUCCAAAGUUAGUCGAGGAGUAUAUUUCAUCGUCCCAGUUCAAGAGACCCAGAUUAACUGUAGACCCUACCUUAUUAAGAUGGGCUCCUCCAAAACGACAGCAGGGACAGAAGAAGAAAUGAACUCAUGUAAAUACAUUAUAAGAGAAUUUUAUAAAUAUAGGUAUUAAUUUUGUAUAAACAUUUUUAUUCUGUCAUAUGUCAUUUGGAAUCCCUUAUACCAUUAUUUGAGAUGAAUCUUACCUACUGUCAAAGUUAGCUAUAUCUCCAUAUUGAAAUAAAAAAUCGAAUGCCUGCCUGUAUGACUGUCUAGUUUACCUUUUCUCCACCAGGUGUGUUUCGAAUGUUUUAGCUCAUGUCAGAAUUCUCCUUGCUGCCAUUGCGGUUAGGCGAUUGUUGGUAUUUAUGAAGUUUGGCUGAUUUACACCUGUUUAUAGUAUUAUAAUUUCAUUUUCUUAGGAUAUCUUCCACCGGAAACAAAACUGGUAACAUCAGGCUAUGUAGGGAUGAUUUUGGUGUAAGCUGGAUGUUGGAAUUUGAAGUAGAUCAACAUUCGGGUUGUACUACUGCAGGGGUACAGUG